AACCGUCCAAAUGUCCCAAAUAAAAAAUCUGAUAUAGAAGAGGGAAAGAUGAAGAGGAAGAGAAUGGAAGGGAAGGGAGAAGAGAAGAAGAUGGAGAUAGUUUGGCAAACCCCUGCAAACCCACCUGAACGACAAGAUUACAUAUUUCGAAACGGGAGGCGCCAUGUCAAACCGUACUACUUCGAGUUUAUCUCUCAUGUUAAGAAUCGUUGGGCGGGAAAGACCAUCGUGGAUUUGUUCGCUGAGGAGUUUAAAGGACGACCGUAUGAGUACUAUGUUAGUGCUGUCAAAUGUGGAAGGAUUCAAGUAGAUGGAGAGAUGGUGCCGGUUUCAUACGUUGUUAAAUCUUCGCAAAAGAUUAGCCAUUUCUUACACAGGCAUGAACCUCCUGUGUUGGCCUUGGAUGUUUCAAUCCUCCAUAAAGAACCAGAAGUGGUCACUAUUUGUAAACCUGCCUCUGUUCCGGUGCAUCCCUGUGGUCAAUAUCGUAAGAACACUGUUGUAGGCAUUCUUCAAGCAGAGUACGAUUUGGCACCUCUGUUUCCAAUUCAUCGGUUAGAUCGGCUAGUCUCUGGGCUCCUUAUCUUGGCAAGAAGUGCUUCAAAAGCUGACAUGUUUAGGCAACAGAUUGAAGCAGGGCAGGUACAAAAACAGUACAUUGCAAGAGUUAUUGGGGCAUUUCCUGAGCAUGAGAAAGUUGUAGAUGCCAAUAUAAAUUAUAAUGCCCGGGAAGGAAAGAGCACAGCAGAGGUGCUCAACUCCUCUGGUGGCACUUCAGUAAAAGGGAAGGUUGCUUGUACCAAGUUCACUAGAAUUAGUACCAAUGGAAUUCAUAGCAUUGUCUCAUGCCAGCCAAUCACUGGAAGAACUCAUCAAAUACGUGUUCAUUUGCAACAUGCAGGCCAUCCAAUAGCCAAUGACAUGCUUUACCUAUCCAAUGAAGUUGUUGAUCGUUCCACCGAAGGAAUGAGUGCAGAUAGAGCUGCUGCUUGUUCAGACCCUUCAUUGCCAUCUAAAUGUGGUGAAGACUGUUCAUGUGAAAAUGAAGAAAACUCCAGUGAAGAUUUCAGCAUCGAUCCCAUGUGUACAAACUGUCCAAAUUUGGCUCCCAAAGGAUAUGGUGGCCAUGAAGAGGGUCUGUGGCUACACUGUGUUAGAUACUCUGGGCCCGGAUGGAUUUAUGAAUGCCCAUAUCCAGAUUGGGCUUCACUUAGCUAAGCAUCUUUCUAUUAUUCUUUUUUGUUUUAUUUAUUUAUUUAGUUUAGUUUAAUUAUUAUACUAGGGUAAUUGUUUUCAUUCUAGAUAUUGUGGAGAAACAUGUGAUGAGGAUUUGCCCACUUCCACAUUGGGGGCUUCUCUAAGCUUAGUCAUCCUUCCAUUUUUAAUUUAUAUAUCAAAUCUAAACUCUAUCUAGAAAUAUGUAUUUACCCUUUCCCAUAAUGUGUUCCUAUAUGAAAGACUUAUUGAAAAGUUUAUAUCCAUUUUUGUUCAAUGAGAAAGCAACAGCUGCUGGCAGACAAACACCUCUCAUGAAGUUGCAUUUCUUGGGGAGAUUCAAUUUAGUAACAUGGGAUUUGAUCUAUCUGACAAGGAUUCAUGAA